AUGCAUUGCACAUCAAAGGCGCUCUUGACGGGCGCUUUCGGUCCUGCACUGCGCCGCUCGAGCACCGUGCCUCCCGCCUUCCUGCUCCCCUCCUUUUCCGCGACAUACCAAUCAGCCUUCUCCACCACCACCUCUUUCCAGGCGCGCAAGGACGGCAACCCCAACCGCGGCGUGUCUGCUCUGCGCCGAACUGGUCUCAACAAGCGCCAGCGAGCGACCUACCCUCUCGUACCCAAAGACGGCCCCGUAGUCCUCCCCAAACCCGUCCUCGACCCUGAGCAGCGCAGCGCCAUCGAGGUCGACGAGAACCACGGUCUAUGGGACUUCUUCAAUGUCGACAGGGAUUCGCUUUUUACGCCGACUCAGCUGGCGGCGCAUGGACGCGGGUGGAGUGUGCAGGAGUUGAGAAGGAAGGAUUGGGAGGAUCUGCAUCGGCUGUGGUGGGUUUGCGUGAAGGAGAAGAAUCGGGUGGAUACGUUUAAGAAGGAGAGGGAGAGGGUGGGGACGAUGUAUGGGGAUUAUGAGGCGGAUGAGCGGAUGAAGGAGAUCCGAGUUACGAUGCGCAGCAUCAAGUUCGUGCUGACGGAGCGCUGGUAUGCGUGGGAGAACGCGCGCAAUGUAGCUAUGCAGGAUGAUGAGGUCAACUUAUACGCCAACCCGGACGAAGGCGAGCGAGCAUAUCUUCCUGCAGGGAGCGAGCAGCCGGAGAUGCAGAUGCGCGCAAGAAGGACUGAGGAGCAGGCCGAGGACGCGGCUUCAUCAGAGGAGAUGCCACCUCCGACCCCUGAAGCGGAGAGGCGCGAGCCAGUGAGGGUGUAA